GAUGAAUGCAGGGUGGGAAAAGGAGGGGUUUCUGCUGCACAGGAAAGACCCACAUCCACUUGGGGCUGGUGGAGGGUCCAGUGCAGGGGGAGGGGAUGGCUAGGAAGCCCCAUCUCUUUAAGCAAUGGAAGUACAGAUCUCCCUCUUUCUGGCAGAGUGUGAAGACUGAUCUAGUGGCAGCGGGCGGGGUGGGGGGGGGCAGCCGAGGUAGAGGAUCCUUCGAAAGGAAGUCUAGGGGAGGGGCAGGGACAGAAGAAUGAACCAACGGGCCUGAAAGGAGUGCUAAGGAUAAGGGCUGAGGAGAGGUAGGCAGGGGAUGGAGAAAAGAUAAGACUGAGGGCGAUGACAGACUCCCUGCACCAAGAUGGGGCUGAGCGUCCAUCAUUUGAAUGGGAGAGGGCGGGGAUGGCUGGAAAUCACCUUGGAGGGGUGAAGGAAACACAAGAACGACCUAUUAGCAAGUGUUGCAUGUUUAAGUGUCUGGGGCUCCGGCCACGGGGUUCGGAACGGUUGACGCUGGGGCCCAGAGUUCCCUCCUACUUAACAUAAAAGAGGCUGAGCGAGCAUGUAGGUGGUGGGAUCUGGGUUUCACAGGAAUGGACUUAUUUCUCACAAACGACCCCACCAGGUACACUUGAUUAUUCUUCUUACUUUACAAAUAAUCCCCUAUCUAAGAGGCUAGAGAAUUUAAGUUAUUUGCCCAAGGCCACCCUCGCCGGUCUCUGAUUUGAACGGAGCGUGCUCUGUGACUCACGCCAGAUUCUAAGCCACAAAAAGUGUUGUUCUCAGCGUGGGACGGCAGUUAAGGAUAAAGAGAUCAACAUGUGGCUGACCGGAAAUUCGCGAAGCAGGGGAAAGGAAAGGAGAAAUAAACUAGUGCGGGUCUCAGGGAAGAGGAAGGGCCGAGUUACCAAAUCAGAGGGAGCAGAGAACCGGACCCCGGACCACAGGGAGGAUGGGGACGGACCCCAGAGUCAGAGGGAAAGAAGGGUCGGAACCCCCGAGGUCGGGAAGAAAGCGGGGCUAGAUCCACAGGUCAGAGAAGGGAGAGGCGCGAACUCCCGGGGUCGGAAGGAGGAGGGGGCCGGAUCCCGGGAUCCCCGAGGGCGGGCGGUGAGGCCCGCCGCACGGUUGAGGCCGCGCGGGGCGGGGCGCGGAAGGAUCCGGGCAGGCCGUGCUGCGCCACCCCCGGUAUAUCUGUCCCCAGUCCCCGGGGUCGCCUCAUUCCCCAUCCUCAGAUCAUGAUCUCUCCUCACACUACCGCGACGCCACCUCAGCCCGCGUAGCCCCGGCCAUGGCUCUGUAGCCGCGACCCCUCUGUGCCCCCGGCCAGUCUCCCCGCUCACUGCGCCUGCGCUCUCCGCUCCUGCCUUCUUUCUUCAGCCGAGGCCGCCGCCGCCUCUCCUUUGCGCAGCCAUGGAGUACUCCACUUGUGUCUUGGUGCCUGUCUUCGUCCAGCUGAGUAACCUCCAGAGCCUCCUCCCAGUUGUUGGUGCAGCCUUCUCCAUUGCCAUCCGUGCCCAACGCCCGUGCUGCAGCCAUGUCACUCCUGGCGACCCUGGGGCUGGAGCUGGACAGGACCCUGCUCCCAGCUAGCGGGCUGGGCUGGCUCGUAGACUAUGGGAAACUCCCCCUGGCCCCUGCCCCCCUGGGCCCCUAUGAGGUCCUUGGGGGAGCCCUGGAGGGCGGGCUUCCAGGGGGGGGAGAGCCCCUGGCAGGCGACGGCUUCUCUGACUGGAUGACCGAGCGGGUCGACUUUACAGCCCUCCUCCCUCUGGAGCCCCCCUUGCCCUCAGGUGCCCUCCCCCCACCUUCCCCACCCCCACCUGACCUGGAAGCUAUGGCCUCCCUCCUCAAGAAGGAGCUGGAGCAAAUGGAAGACUUCUUCCUUGGUGCCCCACUCCUCCCACCGUCCUCCCCACCCCCGACACAGCCAGCACCGGCAGCCUCCCUCUCCCUCCCCCUCCCCCUGCCCACCUUUGACCUCCCCCCGCCCCCUGCCCCGGACACCCUCGACUUGCUGGCCAUCUACUGCGGCAGUGAGGCCGCGCAGGGGGACUCGGGGUUGGCGCCCCUGUCCCCCCCACCGCAACCCCCUCCUCCUCCCCCUCAACCCUCCCGCCCCACCCCCUACCCCAAUCCUGCCGCCACCCGAGGGGACCGCAAGCAAAAGAAGAGAGACCAGAACAAGUCAGCAGCUCUGAGGUACCGCCAGAGGAAGCGUGCAGAGGGCGAGGCCCUGGAGGGCGAGUGCCAGGGGCUGGAGGCCCGGAACCGGGAGCUGAGGGAGAGGGCUGAGUCGGUGGAGCGGGAGAUCCAGUACGUCAAGGAUCUGCUCAUCGAAGUGUACAAGGCUCGAAGCCAGAGGACCCGGAGCAGCUAGCUGGGCGGGGUCUUCAGGCCAUAGCGGGGGUGCUGGUCUUCAGCUGUGGCUCACUUCUGUUUCUGGGGCUGAGGUGGGAGGUCCCCAGUCAUCCCCCUGCCUCUGGCUGCCUUCCAAACCUCCCCCUCCCCCUCUCCAUCCUCCCGCCUUCCCCCUCCUUCUCCCUCUCCCUCCCCCUCCCGCUCCUCCCCCCUUCCUCCUCCUUCUCCCUCUCCCUCCCCCCCUCCCCUUUUAUCCUUGCCUCCUUUCCUGUCCAUUCUGAAUUUGCUCCCCUCCUCCCUCCCCAGAAUCAUGGAAUGUUUGGCCUUAGUCAACAUCUAUACCCUUCAACUAACAGCUGAGGAACAGAGGCCCAUGGGGGAUAGGGGGGGGCAGGGGAGAGCUUGGAAACGUGGUCUCUCAAGCAGGGAAGUGAGGCCAGGAAUCUCUGCAGAACGUCUAUGCAAAGGAGGACAGGGAAGCCAUCUGGAGAC